CGCUUCAGCGCCGGGGUCACGGCAGAGGAGAGCUCUCACCCACGGCCUUCAUGUAAUACACUGUAUCGCGCCGGUGUCGGAUGCUGACAGCAAAAUCAGUGGCAAAUACUACAGCGCUUUCUCCUUCGGAGCACGAGCUCUCCCAGCGACGCAGAUAUUUUUUUGGGGAAGCUUAACGUUGCCUGUAUGAAAUGGAAGUCUGUGGAUGAAACCAGCAACUAGACAAGAACUUGGUGUUCGCUAUUUUUAACCACAGGUUCAGUUAAUGAAAGGACAUUCUGAAAGUGAAUAUCAAAACAGCGGUGUCAUCAGUGAGGAUGAAAUAACUGCUCAUUGCACAGGGAAGGUUCAGGAAAAAGCAGGUAUUCAUUAGCAGCAAUGCAGACACAGGCAUGAGAUCUUCUCCUUUUUACCUCUAUUCAAAAAAGACAAAUUUAGAAAGCUGUGCUGUCUAGCAGAUUUUUUUUUUUUUUUUUCAAAUUCACUUUAAUGUGCUGCAACAUCUCUAAUACAUGAAAAAAAAUUAAAAGCGUUUUUUAAUCACAGAGAUAAGCAUUCAUUUUCUGUAAUUGCACACUGGGUGUUUCAAAUACAGUUGCACAAGAAAAGCAAAUAUGCUCCUCUGGUGUGAUGUGUAGAAGCUGAAUAAAAAAGACUAAACCAAUAUGAUGUGUUUCACAUGGGAGGAUAACAAUUUUAAAAAUAUACAUUCUGCUUCUAAAAAUAGAGUGAACUGAUAUGCAGAAUGAAUUGACCUUCAAAUUAAAGGUCAGAGGUGACAAACCAGGACAAAGGUCAUGGAGCUCAUUUUCAAGCAGUUUCUAUUUUUUUCAUAGUUGAACAAAAGCUUAAUUAUACAGAAGAGUAUGGACUGUAAUAUUUAAUUAGUCAAUUCUAACAAAGAAAUAGAGGCAUUUUUACACAAUUCCCUGUUUUCUUGAAUGUAGUUCUAUUAGGGAAAUAUUUGUGCUGGUAUGACUCAAAAAUGGGUCUGUCUUAAAAUAUUUAAAUACAUUUUUUAAGUUAACAUUUAACAAUCUACCAUCUGUACUUAAUAUUACUGCUUCAGAGAUGAGAGGGUUGUGUAGCCAUUUUCUGCUUAUUCAGUGAUUUUAGAAAAAAAAAAAUCCCACUCAUGCUGUUGUUUCGAUAAAGUUAGAUUACAGGUCUAUUCAUUUUGGCAUUCAUGCACAUACUUAUUAUUUCUAGCAAACCACUUCCCCAAAAUCCUGCUUCCAGUCUGCAGAAUUCUAUAUGUACAUAUGCAGUAAUUAGACAGACCUAAUGCCUGACAGUUUAACUAGGAUGUGUAUAUGAUUUUUAUUAUAUGCACUAAGAUUCAGUAUUCUAACAAUUUGAAGGUAUUAGUUCUCUUUUUAUAUCAAUAAUAUCACAUUUAGACUAAACCAAGAUUUCAUAAAUAUUAUGGAGGUAUUUAAUAAAUAUUAUAUAGGCUAGCUAUAUGCAGUAAUGAAACAACUAGGGAUUACUAGAAAUUGAACUGUUAAAAUUUGUAUACUCAUUCACUAAUAAUUUUGUAUGACAUAAAAGGUUUUUGGUUUUCUUUCAGAUACUGUAUGUCCUGUACCUACUUCAGCUACUGAGGUGUACAUUGUUUUUAAAGUUUCCAUCUUCUCUUUUAAAGAUUGUGACUUUUUAGUUAUAUAUCACUGAUGUUCUUGUUUACUUUUUUUUUUCUGGUUUGAAUUAAUGACCCAUCUCCACUAAAGUUUAUUAAAAAUUACCAUUGCAUUAUUUUAUUUGUUUGGUUGUUUUAAACAAUGACUCAAUCAGAAGCCACUGACAUACAGGACUGAUGUCCACUCCAGCUAAAAUGGGAAAGAUGUGCCCUGUACUAUCCAAUCCUCUAGGAAAGUGAAUGCUGGUGUUUGAAAUACAGACACUCAUCUGCUCUUUAACUUUUACAAUGUUGGAAUUGAUUAUUUUAAUGGACAAUAUCCAUAUCAGUACUUGAUAAGCAUAAUAAAAAUACAAAUUAUGAUAAAAUCCAUCAUUAAUGCUCUUAAGCAAUAAUUCAGUGAUUUAAAAAACCCAACAAAAAUGAAAAAAGAAGAUUUGUAGGUAAAGAGCACAUGCAAAUAAGACAAAAGUUCUGUGCAGAGGAAGGUGUGUGAAGAGUGUGUAAAUUUCAUCAAAACAAGUGUUAAUGUAAAACAGCUCAGAAAGGAGGUCUGAACAAACCAUAAUAAAGCUGUUAUAAAAGUAAAUAAAAAUUGUUUCUUUUUAAAAAUGAAACUUGUCGUGCCAUCACUUUUGAGGGGAUGAUAUCAAAAUCCUACUGGGCUGUAGUAUUUUUAUAAAAGUUGGAAGUUAUACAAAUACAGAAUUCAACUUGUCAUAAUAUUCAUUCUUAAUUUGACCUUUAGCAGGUUUGGGUUUUUUUGGUACUUCAUUUGGCAUUGUUUUGUUUGCAAAUAGUUAUCAAGUGGGGAAUAAAAAUCUUACUCAUAUGUAGUUUUUCACAAAAAUAGACAAAAUAACUCAGUGAUCAAGCUCUGAAAAAUGUUACUUACCUAUAAUUUGAGAAUAAAAGCUUUUAAAGUUCUUUUCCUUAGAAAGUACUGCUAUGAAGUAAUUUAGGAAGUACAAAGAAAAAUCCAUGUGAAAACAUGUAAUAAGAUCACAAGGUAGUUUUCUUGUUGUUUCAUUUGCUGUGUAGCAAAUCAGUGUACAGCAAUUUCAAAUGCCCUUGCUAACAGUAAACUGGGAACAAAAUACUUUAAAUAUGUAAAUAUGUAGGAAACAGAACAGCAGUGAUCCAUUUUAAAAUUGUAUGUUUAAAAAAAAAUUCAUAUUUGAAUCACAAAAUCUUACUUGAAACAUACCUGGUUUACAUUGCUUUUUAAUUAAAUCAUUAUGAUUUUUGUUUAGUAUAUGAAUAUUUAAAUGCAGACCAUCAUAAAUUGCAGAUUUUACUAAAUCAAAUGCACUAAAUAGGAGAAUUGUAUAUAAGUAAUUUCAAUCCUUUAAGCAAAAAUAAACUUGUUCAGCAUAUUCCUUUGUUAUAUAUUAUCAAUGUUUUGAACUAAAUAAAUGCUGAAAUGUUUUUAUUGCUAAAAAAGUUAUCAGUAUAGUAGUAGCAUUUAAUUUUGAGGAGAAACUCUGAUCCUAGAGUUGUCAGACUUUUAUUGAUUCCCAUUCUGAUAUUGUGGAGUUCACUACCUUUUUUUAUUGCCCAAAAGAGUCAGAUUCCUAACAAUGGUGGAAGCACAUUUUAACUUUCUUUGUUCAUGUUCUCACUCUAGUCAAAUGCCAUUCUUACACAAAAUUAAGAAGUGCAUAACUGGAUGCUUGAUCUUCAAAAACUUCGUUUCCUAAAAAUUAAGGUUCCUCAGAAGACGAUGAGGUCAUUCAAGAAGGUCUCCUCAGGCUCAGCAGGGGCGAGUAAAGGUGGAGACGAACCCGGGAAGUUGCCGGAGCAGGAAGAAGAAGAGGAAUCCCAGGUUUUGCACGGAACCGGCCAUUGCAAAUGGUUCAAUGUGAGAAUGGGAUUCGGGUUCAUCUCCAUGAGCAACCGAGAGGGAAGCCCCUUGGAGUCUCCAGUUGAUGUCUUUGUACACCAAAGCAAGCUUUACAUGGAAGGAUUUAGAAGCCUAAAAGAAGGAGAACCUGUGGAAUUUACUUUUAAGAAAUCUUCCAAAGGCCUUGAAUCAAUACGGGUAACUGGCCCUGGUGGGAGCCCCUGUUUAGGAAGUGAAAGACGACCCAAAGGGAAGACAGUACAAAAAAGAAAACCAAAGGGAGAUAGAUGCUACAACUGCGGUGGCCUGGACCACCACGCUAAGGAAUGCAGUCUACCUCCGCAGCCAAAGAAGUGCCAUUACUGUCAGAGCAUCAUGCACAUGGUGGCGAACUGCCCCCAUAAAACUGUCUCGCAGCAGCAGCAGCAGCCCGCCAGUUCUCAGGGAAGACACGAAGCCGAGCCGCAGCCUUCCACUUCUGCCUUCCUGAGAGAAGGGGGAGGCACGCACGGCUUCUCGUCUCCAUCGUACCCUCAGGAAGGCAGGCCGGAGAUCUCGGAGCGCUCGGGCAGGUCACCACAGGAAGCGUCCUCGAGUAAGUUGUCUGCGUCGCCUGAAGAACCAAACAGAAAGGGGCCUUCUGUUCAGAAAAGGAAAAAAACUUAAUGCAUUUGUCAUAAUGUUCCGUUUUCUUUACCCUCUCGGGAUGUCUACCUCAUGCAAGUACAGGGGAAAUAAUUCAUUAUCAGUAGCUGACCUGGAAUUUUAACUACUGUUGAGGAACUGUGAAUGUUUUUUGUUUUUUGUUUUUUUUUUCUUUGAUAGACAAAUCACUCCAAACAAAACACAUUUGAGCAGGGUGCAUUAUGUUUUACUUUCUGUGUGUAUGUAUGAGUGUGCAUGCGCGUGUGUGUAUGUGUACAUAUCUAUAAAUAUAUAUUUUUCCAUCAGACCGUUCUCCAGAUCCCACCAGACAUUAUUGUGGAGCAAAAGUCACAGUACCCAAUGUUUCUGAACUCGUUCCUACAACCUGUUUCCAAAUGCGUUCAAAAAGCAAACAAGAAAAAACCCCAGUUUUCUAAAUUUCACUCAGAAACAAACCAAACCUGAUAAACCACACAAACAACUGAGAUCAAGACGUUUACUUCUCUUGUGAACCAAAGGAUACUUUCAUGUUUUAAAGCUGCCAUAUGGUACUAAAGAUACUAAGACAUCCCCCGUACCAUCAAUUUGAAUUAAUUCCUUUUUCAUCUCCACACAGUAUCAAAACCCCUCCCCUCCCCGUGCAGGGCAGUUUCAUGACUCGAGACGACUCUCAUUGCCACCACCCAUUGUUGGUGAGGAGUGUAAAGCUCCAGAAAAGACAAUGAAUGUGUAGUUUCUGUGAUGGUUUCUCAAAGCGUUUUGUUAAAUUAAUAUGAUUGUAACUGUGAUUUAGAUGUCUGUUGUGUAGGGGAGAAUGUGUAAGUUGUUACCAAACAGACCCUUUUGAGUGGUGUCAGGAUGCCACCCUGGUUAACCAUUUGUAUACUGUGAACAUUUAGGGUACCUUGGUGGCAGUAGUAGCCGCAGCAGCAGCAAUUUCUCUUGGUCUCAAAUAGUGUCCCUCAAUUUGAAGGGUCUUCCCCCUUACCUCCUGUUUAAAUACCAUGGAGAGAACUCCCCAGGGAUUUUUAUUGUUGUUGUUGUCUGUUUGGGUUUUAAAGAAAACAAAAUGCAAAGCGAAUGAGAUCCUGGGCUUAGUGGUUUCUAAAGACUAAAGGUUGAUGGGUACUUGGGGUUGCUCAGCUAGCCUCCCUAGAUGAUGAUACAGCGUGGGUGCAGACCAGCCUGAGUGAAGGGACUUCUGCACAUUUCCAGAAGCCCUGGGCAUCAUCUGCUUGUUGUGAACUGGGGGCUGCAGCUGACCAGCCCUGCUCCAGAGUGCCCUAGGACCACACACUUCUGUGUGAAAGAGGAGAAAGAUUGGUGGCCUCAGAGUGAGACUCCCUGGGCUGCAGUCCUUGCUCGGGGUUAAUAGAGUUGGAGCCUAUCAAAACUUUAAGUCGCUUUCCAUUUGUAACUUUUGAAUUACCAAGUCAUACGUAAGAUAACGUACUCUGACAAAUCCCAUUGUGGAUGUAAGUUAAUUAGAGAAACCUGUAUAAUCCUUAACAUUGGCAAUAAACACAGGCUGUUAAAGCUUGAAAGUGUCGGGUAGGUUUAAGCUCGGAUAAUCAAACUAAAGAGCCAGCCUGCACGAAAGGCUACAGCGAGCCAAAGUCUUACCGUGGUAGCUCCUCUGCAGCCCGUGGGUACAACAGGUAUGCGGCUGGCUCGGUGCGUGGCCUUCCCCUCCCCACUUGUCCUGCCAGAUGAGACUUUUCCUGGUGCUGCUGCUGCUUCAGUGAACAGGUGGUCAUCAAACUCCUCAGUGAAGGGCACAAUUUCGGGAGAAUUAUUUUGUGUGAAUUCCUUGCCAGUGUUUGCAAGAAUCUCAAGGUUUGUACUGAAGUUCUCAGUAUGCUAAUGCAAAGCUUACCUUUGACGAUAUUGAAUGUGAUAUAUCUAUAGAGAACUUCCUUGCCUUACGUAAGGAUAGUAAACUUAUUUAAAUUAUGUAGACAAAUCAAAGUGGCAUUGCUUAACCUUCUAGUCAGUGUAAAACCAGGUUAAACAGCAAGGAUGCAAAACUUAGGUCACUUUGAAAAUUUAAACCAAAGUUCCUCAUAGAAAUAGGCAACUGUGGAUUUGAAAACUGGUCAUUCCCUGUUUAUAUGUAAGAAGUUCAGAGCUGAGAUAAGGAAAUGUUUUCAACAUGUGGAUUUUUAUUGGUGCUGUUUGAAAUCUCUGUGCGCACCAAAGUCAGACUGAACUGCUAAGAGCACAUACCAAACCCUAUCUUAUUGUUGAAAGCUUAAGGUUUUAUUUUUAUAUAUUAGAAUGUUAUCACUGUUACAUAACAUACUCAGGACAAACAACUUUGCUCAGGGAAUAUACCAUGUAAUGUUUUUUCUUUACAGAAUAGUCUACAGACCUGCUUACUCAGAACAAACCAAAUAGUCUUAGACCUUUUUAUCUCUAUAUAAGUAUUAUGUACUGAUAUUAGUAACUACCUCUGAGUUGACGUAGACCUACGUUUCUGAUAAUCAGAUCUCAGCGUUUUGUAUUAUAAGUUCCUGUGAAAUUAUGAAGUGGUAUUCUAUACUGGUUGCUUAUGUGAGCAUUUGUGUCUUUGCAUUCACAGGGUCUGAGUUUUCAGAGAUGCUGGGCAACCACAGCUCCCACUGACUGCCAGUCGGAGUUACUGGUGUUUAGCUUUUCUAGGAGGGGAGGGAUGGGGGAUGGGGGUUCAGGGGGAAGAAUAAAACCACAAAAGCAUCAAUCCCACUUUGUUUACAUAGGUGACAAUAAAAUUAUUAUUCUGUUUACAGCAAAAGGCUACCUCAUAUCUACUGCAUGAACACACCUUUGUGCUGCUGUGGCCUUAAAGGUGGCUGUUGAUCUAUGGUACAUACUUUUUAUCUGUACUAAAUAUGUAACUGCUAGUUCACCACUGCAGGCAUUAUGGUAAAUACUUGUUUAAGAUGAAGCAUCCAUUUGAAACGAUGAGACCUUUCCAAACAUUUCUUUGAAAGUUUUUAUUUUUCUGUCCUAAGGAUUAUGGGCACUGUUCAUGGGAAUAAAUACAGCUCCAGAAGAGACAAAAAUGUACAUGCCUAAGUUAAACAUAUAGCAGCAUAAGCUGCAGCAGGGAACUACUUAGCACUGGGCUGCAGUAGGAAGAAAAAUCUAGUUAUACUCCUUCAAUUGGCUGCUCCAAGUAAGCAAAGAACCUUUUAAAGGAGGAGGCACAGACUGAGUUUGGGAUUCUUCCUUCGUGUCUAAGGACAAAAUUAAUAUUCGGCAGCAUUUGCCCAGCCUAGAUUUCCCCCUAUUCACCAGCCUGUCCUUGCCAGAUCGCUCUACAAUAAAACUCAUUUGAGUAGAAAUAGUUCAAAUAUCUGCUCAGACAGACGUAUUUUUCUCCUAACAAUAGUGGAGAUAAGGUUAAACCUGAAGCAAGAAUCUCUCUCCCUCCCCUUCCCCCACUCCAAAAUAGUCAAUGUGAUUUAAUUGUAAGGGACAUUGUGAGAUAUUUUUUACUCUUCCCCAAGGAGAGGUCACGAUAUUUAAUUACAUGCUACAAAAGAUAGGCCAUGAGGAAGACUUGUAUUUGGAGGAAGAGCCAAAUAACUUUUUGCUGCAAUUAAUGGUAGACCUGGCAUUGUAAUACCAUUGGCAAUAUUUUGCCUUUAGCCAGCGUUCAGGGAGUGCCAAACACCACAUUUGGAUCCUACCUCUUCCCAUUGCAGGCCCCCUUUUUCAGCUAUUUUAUUCUGCACCAGCUUUAUCCUGGAGUUCCUGCUUGGUUCCUGCUAACUUAGUUUUGUUAUUAGAACCCCAUUUUAAAAAAGUGCUUAUAGAUCUUGUACCAUUCUUUAUAAGAAGAAUUAUAAAAGAACAUGGGAAAUUGCAUUGAGUCUUAAAUUUAAUUUAAUUAAUUUAUCUGUAAGAAAUGUUUAUCAUAAAAAAAUAUAUAUGUAUUCCCCUGCUAGAUAUAAAAGUAAUUGGGAAGAUAUGUACAUGUGCAGAUGCACUGAUUUUAAUUUCCUAGAAGUCUUAAUGAGAUUUGAGUAUUGUUUUAGAAACAAGGAAAGCCUUGUUAAAUGCAUUGAUCUUAUUUUGCUUAGUUUAUCAACAGCCUCUUUAAGAUCCAGUGGUUGUGUUACCCCUGUUACAACUGUUGACUGAUAACAAGAGGUUGAUCUAUGAACACAUGCUUCUUUUUUUUUUGUUUUGUUUUGUUUUUUGUAUAAACCAGAGCUGUGUAACAGCAGCUGUGGCAGUAUUUCUCUGAGAAUGUUGAAAAGUAGCAAGGUAUUUGCUACCAUUGUCAUUGAACCAAAUGUAUGAACAUCUUUACAAAGGACAAUGGUUUUGACUACCUCUUGGAUUACUAAGUUAAGCAACAACUGUCUGACAAAUAUCACCAGACUGGCUUUAACUAGUAUGUGAUGUUGUGAUAAUAAUAACAAUAACCAUACUAGAGACCAAAGUGAACACUGAUUUCUAUAUGUCUUUAAUACUGUGUCUUAUCUAGUGUUUUUAAAUUAUCUUCUGUAGUAUAGAUUACCUCAUUGUCCAUUUUGACUUGUAUGUUGUUUACAAGGUGAAAUAAAAGAAAAAUCACUUGAAUUUUAUGUUGUGAGAAAAAAGCCUUGAGUUGAAGUUUUGAAGGUCAUUUCACCUGUUUACUGUCUUGAGGGACUAAAGCACUGAUUGCCUUUCUACAUAUCGUGUAUUUUAUAUUCGCAUUUCAUGCCUAAUGUCUUUUUUUUCCUGUCAGUCAUGGAUAUUGUGAGGUUUAAAAGAAUUACUUGAUUAAAAAUAAAACAUAUAACAUUGGCAU